AUGGCUACCACACACGCGAUCCCGUCUACAGAACUCAAUGACGGUGCCUCAUGCCCCGUGCUCGGGUACGGCACGGGCUCCAUGUGGUUCAGGAAGACCACCGACACCGGCAUCAAUCGCGACCUGGUCGACUCUGCCAAGAAUGCCGUGAAGCUGGGAUAUUACCACCUCGACGGGGCCGAAGUCUACCGCACCGAGGAGGAACUGGGCCAGGCCAUCCAGGAAUGUGGAGUCCCGCGAGAGAAGCUAUUCGUGACCACCAAGGUGAACCAGAGCAUCGCCGACAUCCCUGCCGCCAUUGACGCCAGCCUCAAGAAGCUCCAGUUGGACUAUGUCGACUUGUUUUUGAUCCACCAGCCGUUCUUUGCCCAAACUGAGGAGGAGCUGCAAGCAGCCUGGGCUGCCAUGGAACAGGUCAAGGCCUCUGGCAAAGCCCGGUCAAUUGGAGUGUCCAAUUUCUUGCAGAGCCACCUGGAGACGAUUCUCAAAACCGCCCAGGUCAUCCCGGCUGUGAACCAGAUCGAGUAUCACCCGUACCUCCAGCACGGGAACCUGGUACCCUUCCAUGACAGCAAAGGGAUCAAGACCGCCAGCUACGGUGGUCUGGCCCCGAUCACUCGUGCUGCCGGUGGCCCAUUGGACCCGCUGCUGUCGGCCCUGGCCACCAAGUAUGCCGUCAACCCGGCAGAAAUCCUGUUGCGCUGGAUCUUGGACCAGGGGGUGGUGUCCAUUACCACGAGCAGCAAGGAAGUGCGCCUGGCCAGUUACUUGCGUGUCCUGACCUUUAAGCUGACCCCGCAGGAGGUGCAGGAGAUCUCGGAUCUGGGCCAGCAGAAGCACUACCGGGCCUUUUGGCGGGAGAAAUAUGCCCCUGAUGAUCGCUCAUAA